AUGGAGCAUUUUCAUUAUCCAAUACUUUCAAAUCUAGCUUGUGACGUGUUAACAAUUCAUAUUUCUACGGUUGCAUCGGAAUCCGCUUUUAGUAUUCGUGGUAGAGUACUAGAUCAAUACCGUAGUUCAUUAUUGCCUGAAAUUGUUCAAGCUUUGUUGUGUACUCGAGAUUGGCUUUUUGGCAAGGGAGCUAUGGAGGAAGAGAGUGCUACUGUGGAAAGCCUUACUAAAGAUAUCUUCAAACUUACUUGUCACAAUACUAGAUCAGGACAAAGCUCCAAUAGUAUUUCUCUUGAAAAUUGA